UUCUUGUUUUUCUAGAAGAGUCCAGAAGGAGAGAGCGGACUCCCCUGGACCCAGCGGUGUCUCCUUGAAGAGCGACUGGUCUAUGGAACAUCCUCCUGACCUUAAAGAUGGACGUCCCUCCAGAGAGGAGAGGCGACUCCAGGAGAGGUCAAAGGUUACCAGUGCUCAGUCUAUACAGCAGAAUCAAGCAGAGCUGAUCAAGAGGGCUGAGGAGAACGCACACGCUUUUCUAGACAAGGAGCUGAAGAAGCUCUGGAGGGAUCUCUUCUCAAAUUACCCACAAUGCUCAGAGAGUCAGAGGGAGAAGGAGGAGGAGCUGGAUGAUAAGAACGAGGAGCAGAGGAGGCGCGCCAUAGAGGGAGUGGUAGACAUCACAAAGCUCUGCCUGAUGGAGAUGAACCAGGAGGAACUGGCCGACAAGCUGGGGAGUGGAGCUGUUGCGGUCCAGUGGCAACAUGAACUCAAGGCUCAUCUGAAGAAGAAGUUCCACUGUGUGUUUGAGGGAAUCGCUAGAGCCGGAGAGCAGAGACCUCUGAAUGAGAUCUACACAGAGCUCUUCAUCACAGAGAGAGGCAGUGGAGAGGUCAACAAGGAACACGAGGUCAGACUGAUUGAAAAGGCAUCCAGGAAAACAGCCAAUGAGGAAACACCAAUCAGAUGUGAAGACAUCUUUAAACCUGGACAAGAUAAAGCAAUCAGAACAAUAAUGACAACCGGAGUGGCCGGCAUUGGUAAAACUCUCUUAACCCACAAGUUCACUCUGGACUGGGCAGAAGGCAAAGCCAACCAAGACAUAGACUUCGCAUUUCUCCUCACUUUCAGAGAGCUGAAUUUACUGAAAGGGAAAGAGUUUAGCUUACUGGAACUUCUUCAUCAGUUUUCUGUUGAAACCAAAGAAUCAGGAAUCUACAGAUACGACCAUGACCAAGUAGUCUUCAUCUUGGAUGGUCUGGAUGAGUGUCGACUUCCUCUGGACUUCCAGAACAACCCGAUCUGGACUGAUGUCACCGAGCCGACCUCAGUGGAUGUGCUGCUGACAAACAUCAUCAGGGGAGUCCUGCUUCCCUCUGCCCGCAUCUGGAUAACCACACGCCCUGCCGCAGCCAAUCAGAUCCCUGCUGAGUGUGUUAACAUGGUGACAGAGGUGAGAGGGUUCACAGACCCACAGAAGGAGGAGUACUUCAGGAAGAGAUUCAGAGAGGGGACAAUGGCCACCACAAUCAUCUCUCACGUCAAGAAAUCUCGAAGCCUCCACAUCAUGUGUCACAUCCCAGUCUUCUGUUGGAUCACUGCUACAGUUCUAGUGGACUUCUUCAAAACAUCCCAGAGAGGAGAAGAGGUGCCCAAGACCGUGACUCAGAUGUACAGCCACUUCCUGAGGGUUCAGUCCAUACAGGGGGACAGGAAGUAUCAUGGGCGAGCUGAAACCGAUCCACAAUGGAGUUCGGAGAGCAGGGAGAUCAUUGUUUCUCUGGGGAAACUGGCUUUUAACCAGCUGGAGAAAGGCCAGCUGAUCUUCUACGAGGCAGACUUGGCAGAGUGUGACAUCGAUAUCAGAGCAGCCUCAGUGUACUCAGGAGUGUUCACCCAGAUCUUUAAAGAGGAGUGUGGACUGCACCAGGACAGGAUGUUCUGCUUCGUCCAUCUGAGCAUCCAGGAGUUUCUGGCUGCCCUUUAUGUCUUUCUGUCCUUCAUCAACACUGGUGUCAACCUGCUCUCAGAAGAACAUCCAACCUCCAGGGAAGCUGAACUCCUCCCCCUCUACCAGAGUGCUGUGGACAAGGCCUUACAGAGUGAGAACGGACACCUGGACUUGUUCCUCCGCUUCUUCCUGGGCCUCUCUCUAGAGACCAAUCAGAUGCUCCUACAAGGUCUGCUGGGACCAAGAGGAAUUCAAUUACUGGACAAUCUAACAAAAAACGUUCCAUCGGGGCUGACAGGAAGGAGGUCACAAAUCAAUAACCAAAUAGUCCAUUACAUCAAGGAGAAGAUAGGUGGAGAUCUCUCUCAAGAGAGAAGCAUCAAUCUGUUCCACUGUCUGAAUGAGCUGAAUGACAGUUCUCUAGUGGAGGAGAUCCAACAGUACCUGUCAUCAGGAAGUCUCUCCACUGAAUCUCUCUCCUCUGCUCAGUGGUCAGCUCUUGUCUUCAUCGUACUGACAUCAGAAGAGCAGCUGGACGUGUUUUACCUGAAGAAAUACUCUGCUUCUGACGAGGGUCUUCUGGGGCUGCUGCCAUUGGUCAAAGCCUCCAAAACAUCUCUGCUGAACAGCUGUAAGCUGUCGGAGAGAUGCUGUAAAGCUCUGGCCUCAGUUCUCAGCUCCAACUCCUCUAGUCUGAGAGAGCUGGACCUGAGUACCAAUGAUCUGCAGGAUUCAGGAGUGAAGCUGCUCUCUGCUGGACUGGGGAGUCCACACUGUACACUGGAAACUCUCAGGCUGAAUUCCUGUCAUCUGUCAGAGCGAUGCUGUGAAGCUCUGGCCUCAGCUCUCAGCUCCAACUCCUCUAGUCUGAGAGAGCUGGACCUGAGUUCCAAUGAUCUGAAGGAUUCAGGAGUGAAGCUGCUCUCUGCUGGACUGGGGAGUCCCCACUGUACACUGGAAACUCUCAGGCUGAUUGGCUGUCAUCUGUCAGAGCGAUGCUGUGAAGCUCUGGACUCAAUCCUCAGCUCCAACUCCUCUAGUCUGAGAGAGCUGGACCUGAGUAACAAUGAUCUGCAGGAUUCAGGAGUGAAGCUGCUCUCUGCUGGACUGGGGAGUCCACACUGUACACUGGAAACUCUCAGGCUGACUGGCUGUCAUCUGUCAGAGAGAUGCUGUGAAGCUCUGGCCUCAGUUCUCAGCUCCAACUCCUCUAGUCUGAGAGAGCUGGACCUGAGUAACAAUGAUCUGCAGGAUUCAGGAGUGAAGCUGCUCUCUGCUGGACUGGGGAGUCCACACUGUACACUGGAAACCCUCAGGUUGUCUGGCUGCCUGGUCACACAGGAAGGCUGUGCUUCUCUGGCUUCAGCUCUGAGCUCCAACCCUUCCCAUCUGAGAGAGCUGGACCUGAGCCACAAUCACCCAGGAGACUCAGGAGCUGCGCUGCUCUCUGCUGGACUGGAGGAUCCACAAUGGAGACUGGACACUCUCAGUGUGGAGCACAGUGGAGUGUGGAGACUGAAACCAGCUCUAAAGAAGUAUGCCUGUGAACUCACACUGGACCCAAACACAGCCCAGAGACGACUCUCUCUGUCUGAGGACAGCAGGAAGGUGACGCGGGUUGAAGAGGACCAGUCGUACCCGGAUCACCCAGAGAGGUUUGACAGCUGGGAGCAGGUGUUGUUUAGAGAGGGUCUGCCUGGCCGCUGCUACUGGGAGGUAGAGUGGGGAGGACGGGUUUAUAUAGGAGUGGCAUACAGAGGAAUGAAAAGGAGAGGAGGGGGUACUGACAGCCUGCUUGGAUUGAGCAACAAGUCCUGGAGUCUUGUUUGUUAUGACGACGAUGAUGGUCUCUACACUGCCUUUCACAACAGUAGUUCAACAGCCCUACGUCUCCCCCCCCCUCACUCUAACAGAGUAGGAGUGUAUCUGGACCGGCCUGCUGGCUCUCUGUCCUUCUACAGAGUGUCCCCAGGAGGAGGGGGGUCCUCAGACACACUGACACACAUCCACACCUUCCAGGCCUCCUUCACCCAGGAGGUCCUCCUCGCUGGGUUUAGGUUGUAUAAGAGUGGUUCCUCAGCGUCUCUGUGAGUGUCCAUUGUAGACACACAAACACACACAUGUAGACAGUCAUAAACACACCCAAACCAACAAUCACAUAUGUACAUAGAAAUUAACACACACGCACACACAAACAAACACAUCGUUCAUGACUCUAUAAACAAACACACACACAAGCACACACAAACAAACACAUCGCACUCUAUAAACACACACACACACACACACACACACACUUACACAGACUUAUUUACACACACACACACACACACACACACACACACACACACACACACACACACACACACACACACACACACACACACACACACACACACACACACACACACACACACACACACACACACACACACACACACACACACA